AUCACCGAAAGUGGGAUCUAAUUAAAAUGAAAUGUAGUUAUAUGGAAUUGGUUUCUGUUGAUUUACGUCUACUCGUCUUUCGCUUGUACGUUCAACAUAUAGAAGUUUGGUCAGCAUUCCAAAUACAGAUGUGAUUUUUUUUCUGGAAUCUUUUUUUAAGUUCACAAGGACGUGGAUUUCUUUAAGUUUCUUAAUUUUUGCGACGGAGUUGGUCAUUUCACUGGGAUAUUGUCUGUUUUCACACGACAAAUGGCUUCACCUCCAGACGCUUGUCUGAGGUACGCUGAUGGGUCUGGAUGAAAGAGGCUGAUUUCGACUUCGCAGCGGGAGAUGUCAGCCGGACACCGCGGGGCUUCACCCAGGAUGGGGCUAAAGAGCUUACGUUGACACCUGGGGCCAUGGGUGUCGUGUGGGCCAUCCUUUCAUUUGGAGUCUGUUUCAUCGGGAUCCUCUUAGGUCCACGGGCCGUUAAGAGCGAAUCGUCACCACCACUCAUCCAUCCCGACCUGCCCGAGCUGGUUGUUAAACGCCAUGCCAGCAUCAAUUUGACCUGUUCCGGGACGAGGGCCGUCAGCUGGAUGCUCCCGCUGCCGGAAAAUGCCGUGGUUAAACGGGAAGACCCCCGAACCGCCGUGCUGGUGAUUAAAGACGCGUCUGCUGCCAACACUGAAGCCCUAGUCUGCGAGUACGACGAUUGGCAGGGUGCAGAGGAAGAUAAGCAGGCUGAAAUAUACAUAUUUGUUCCUGAUCCAGAGAUUCCAUUCGUCCCCGAAAAUGUGUCGGGGGAAACGGACCUUUUGACCCAAAUCCCUUGUCGCAUUACAAACCCGGACUGGCACGUCGUGCUCAGAAGUGUCCCUUCGCGGACGGAGGUGCCCGCGCCGUACCUAAGCAGGAUAGGCUUCCUGGGGGCUUUCCCCGAAGGCUCCUACGUGUGUGAAACCGCCGUGAACGGCAAGACGCGGAGCAGUGCAAUCUACACGGUCAAGGCUGAUCGAGGAAAAGACGAUGACUUCCAGUUGAAGCUGCAUGCCAGUCAGCCGGCCGUGCGGGUGGGCGAGCCCUUCAGUCUCACCUGUGAAGGCCCCGCUGGAGAUUCAUACCAGCAGACAUGGCUGCACCCCAGCAAGCAGAUCACUGGUGCUGAAGAGAGCAGGCAGUCUGUUGCUGGGGCUGUGCUCUACACCCUAAGCAUCCGUGCAGCAUCUGAGCAGGACACCGGCUUCUAUGACUGCGCCAUCACAGAUACCCUGACCAGCAUAACCCGAGUCCAGAGGGUGUCUGUCACAGUUUUACCGGGUACCACCUUCAUCAGACUGGACCACAACAUCGCGCCGCUGGAAUUUGCAACCAGUCUGGAAGAGAGCGUGUUCAGCAUCUUCAUUGACGCGUACCCUGCCCCCAAAGUCCAAUGGCUGAAGGACAAUGUGGCCAUUGACGAGAGCCAACAUAAUAUCUUCAUCAAAUUUAACGCAAUCAAUGCUAACAGGUACUUGAGCAGGCUGACGCUCUCCCGCCCCCAGGAGGGUGACAGUGGGAACUACACGAUUGUGGUCUCCCAUGAGAAGGUGCCGCUCGAUGGCAAGGCGAUGCGUUUCUCCUUCCAGCUGAGAGUGAGAGGCCCUGAUCCGCAGCCUCUGCUGCCGGCACUGCCUGAGAUCUGGCCCCAGCAGACGGAGAUGGUGGUCCCUCUCCACCAGGAAUUCACCCUCAAGUGCAAGGGUGAGCGGGAGGUGCUCUGGGUCCUGCCCAUCUUCCAAAGAGAGUUCCUGGAGGACACAGAGGAGGAUAACAGUGGCCUUUUUGUGACCACGCUCACUGUGAUUAAUGCAACUGUGGAGUACACAGGCUAUUACUACUGCCAUCAUGCGGACAGCAACCACACCGAGCAAGACAUGACUGCCAUCUAUGUCUAUGUUCCAGACCCCGACAUGCCCUUUGUCCCAUCUCUGGACCCCUACAGCAAGCACGUCCUGGCCAGUAUGGAUGACAUGGAAAUCCAAUGCCGAGUGUCAGACCCCAGAACCAAUGUGACGCUGCUGAAUGUGGAUACACAGAAGGAGGUUCCGGCCACCUAUGACAGCAAGCGGGGCAUGGUGGGUUUAUUCAGCUCGGGCACCUAUGUCUGCAAGGCCCUAGUCAACGGCGAGGAGCACUACAGUGAGGAGUACAUCGUCCAUGGAUGGACAACUAACGAUGACCUCCAGGUGGAACUUCGUGUGGAACACUCAGCCCUGCUGGUGGGGCAGAAGCUGGUGGUGAGCUGUAUAGCACGUGGCAGCGAGAUGCUGGAGGACCUCUGGAAGUACCCUGGGAAGAUGGCCUCAAGGGGAGUGAAGACAGUGAGGGAGAACAAGGCUUCCCAGGAGAUCAAUUAUACGCUGACCAUCUCCCAGGCCACCACCAAGGACAGUGGCCUCUACGAGUGCUCCAUCACUGACAUCAUGACCACAAUUACUCGGACCAAGAAGGUGGAAAUCACAGUCUAUGAAAGGGAUUUCAUAUCUCUGGAGCCCACCUUCAGUGCCAUACAGUCUGCCGAUCUGGACGAGGUGAAGGAAUUUGUGGUUAUCAUUGACAGCUUCCCCACCGCCAGGGUCACCUGGCUGAAGGACGGCAAGGUGCUGAACGACGUCAAUGCCGAGAUGACCAGCAACCUUCGGCGCGCCAGCGAAACCAGGUACCAAGGUACCUUGGUUCUGAUCCGAGCGAAGGAAGAGGACAGUGGAAACUACACCAUCCAAGUUAGAAAUGGGAACCUGACCCAGAGCUUCAGUUUCACGUUGAAGGUGAAAGUGCCACCAAAAAUUGUGCAGUUGAUGGACCUGCACCACAGCUCUGCCACGGGACAGUCUGUGGUGUGCAUUGCAGGCGGGCAGCCUGUGCCAGAAGUGGAGUGGUUCGUCUGCAAGAACAUCAAACUAUGCUCUAAUGAUUCAUCUCAGUGGACCUCCCUGGCUGUCAACUCCACCGAAAUCACCAUGGAGAAUCACAUAAACCAGGACAACCAGCUGGAGAGUCAGGUGAUCUUUGCCAAACUGGAGAACUCUCUGGCUCUUAGGUGCCUGGCAAGGAACGAGCUAGCGGUGGCUAGUCGGGAAGUGAAACUCGUCUCAAAUGCCCUACAGUCUGAGCUCACGGUCGCAGCUGCUGUCCUGGUUCUGUUGGUCAUUGUCAUCAUCUCUCUCAUUGUCCUGGUCAUUAUCUGGAAGCAGAAACCCCGGUAUGAGAUUAGGUGGCGUGUCAUUGAAUCAAUUAGUCCAGAUGGACACGAAUACAUCUAUGUGGAUCCCAUGCAGCUUCCAUAUGACUCCAGAUGGGAGUUUCCCCGUGAUGGACUUGUUUUGGGCCGUGUUCUGGGCUCCGGAGCUUUCGGGAAGGUGGUUGAGGGGAUGGCAUACGGCCUUAGUCGCUCACAGCCCGUGAUGAAGGUGGCCGUCAAGAUGCUGAAGCCCACAGCAAGGUCCAGUGAGAAACAGGCCCUCAUGUCUGAACUGAAGAUCAUGACUCAUCUGGGGCCUCAUCUGAACAUUGUCAACCUACUGGGGGCCUGUACCAAGUCGGGACCAAUCUACAUUAUCACAGAGUACUGCUUCUAUGGCGAUUUGGUCAACUACCUCCACAAAAACAGAGACAGCUUCAUUAGCCAACACAUCGACAAGUCCAAGAAAGAACUAGACAUCUUUGGCAUCAACCCGACUGAUGAGAAUAGCAGGAGCUACGUCAUCCUGUCCUUUGAAAGCAAAGGGGACUAUAUGGACAUGAUGCAAGCCCAUAACACCCAGUACGUCCCUAUGCUGGAAAUGAGCGACGCUUCAAAGUACUCUGACGUCUAUGGAUCCAAUUAUGACCACCCGCCUUCUCAUAAGGACAAAUCUCUGAGCGAGAGAGAAGCAAACAGCCUGCUGUCUGACGACUCUGACGACGGCCUGAGCACUAUGGACCUGCUGAGCUUCACAUACCAGGUGGCACGGGGGAUGGAGUUCCUGGCCUCCAAGAACUGUGUGCAUCGAGAUUUAGCUGCGAGAAACGUCCUGCUUUCCCAAGGCAAGAUCGUGAAGAUCUGCGACUUCGGCCUGGCCAGAGACAUCAUGCAUGACAACAACUACGUUUCCAAAGGCAGUACCUUCCUGCCUGUGAAGUGGAUGGCCCCCGAAAGCAUCUUUGACAACCUGUACACCACAAUGAGUGACGUCUGGUCCUACGGCAUCCUGCUGUGGGAGAUCUUCUCCUUGGGUGGGACCCCCUAUCCCGGUAUGGUAGUGGACUCAACCUUCUACAACAAGAUCAAAAGCGGCUAUAGGAUGGCCAAACCUGAGCAUGCCACUAGUGAUGUGUAUGAGAUGAUGAUGAAGUGCUGGAACAGUGAACCCAAGAAGAGACCCUCCUUCUUCAGUCUCAGUGAAACCAUCGCCUCUUUUCUGCCUUCCGAGUACAAAAAGUGCUAUGAGCGUGUCCACCACCAGUUCCUGCGGAGCGACCACCCGGCGGUGACGCGUGUGCAGGUGGACGGUCAGGACACCUACGUGGGCAUGCCCUACAAGAAUCAGGGCAAGCUGAAGGAGCGGGAAAGUGGCUUUGGUGAGCAGCGACUCAGCUCCGACAGCGGAUACAUCAUCCCCCUGCCCGACCUGGACCCGAUGUCUGAUGACGAGUACAGCAAGAGGAACCGUCACAGUUCCCAGACGUCGGAGGAGAGUGCCAUCGAGACAGGCUCCAGCAGCUCUGCCUUCGGCAGGAGGGAGGCCGAGAUGUUGGAAGAUUCCGAGAUGCUGGAGCUGUGCCUAGAUUCAGGAGACAUGACGGAGGACAGCUUUCUGUAAACUCCACAGAGCUACACCCAAAUCCCCCUCCAACCCCUUUAAACCAGGACAGGCCGGCUGCUGAGAGUCUGAGACCCGGUGCAGAGCAUAAACCACUUUUUCCCGUGACCCAAGGCCUGUUCUCCAGGUGCCCCAGGAACAGAAACCUUGGGCGUCUCUUCAACGCUGACAAGAAAUGGGCUGCGGAUGAACAUUGACCCCUGCCAAGUCACGCUCUGCAUGGUUGGAUCAUCUCCUCUGGCACAUUGUGAUGUCCUGUUCGUUUUGGGGCAUUGAGCACAUAAGGAUGAAGAGGACAUCUUAAAUGUACAGCACCUAUUCUGUGGGCAUUUUAAAUCCAGCGAUAUAAGCGACAGACGGACAGAGAACCAAAAUCACGCUGAACUCCCAAAGACUGACAGUUCCUGGAAGCAAUGAACUGAUUGAAAACCACUAAACCCUAAAGCAUCAUACCCACAAUUCCACUGUCUUGGUAAGAAGAAACAUCUCUAAAGAAGUCUAAACCACGGAAAGGGCAAUUUGCGACAUCCUUCCCUUGGUCCACUCAACAUACACUGCUCUUCCAAAAGCAGGCUGACUGAACAAACCGUGAUGCAAUAUUAAAAGCACAAAGUUUCACUACAUUCUGUUGGCGUGUGUGAGAUUAUGUCAGCAGCCAAUUAUGUGCAGCAGGUAGACUUAUUUUUUUACUUUUGAUCUUUAUCAUACCUAUGAAAAUGUAAUGUUUGUUAAUAUUUCUGUGGAGUGAGCAUUAUUGGGGUGAAAAAUGUGGCUAUAUUGUAAAAGCUUUUACGUCGUCGGUGUUAUUGUGAUGGUAACUGCCUUGCCCGGAUUAGAAGUAAACAAACUAUUUUCACCUAAAGGUACUGUUUAAGGCAAAAAUAUGCAUUGAUAAUAAUAAUCAUAAUAAUAAUAAUACACACCAUAGAAAUAACUUCAUUUCAGUUCCAUAUGACAAACAUUCCAGAAUUUGACUUUAUAUAAAACACAUUUAAACCAAAUAUUAUACACAGAAGCAUUUAAUCUACUUGUUAAACAAACUUUUAUUACAGACUUUAAAAACACUGAUACAUGCAGGAACCCCAACCACAAAUUUCCAUCUCAGUGAGACCAUUCACGUUUCUGUUUAAGAUACCUAAUUGUAUGUGACUGUCGUUUUGAAACUGUCUAAAGACUUGUGCUUGAAUCUCUAUGGAUGCCAAAAUAUGCAACUACGUCAACUGAACCACGAUGCCUAUAGACAGUCAGAGGCAUUGGCUCUAGACAAUCAAUAACGGACCUUUCGCUGAUCCAGUUCGAAGGAUGAACAUUUACCCUGUUGCUAUUGGAUCCCAGGCAUUUGUUUCCUUUUCCCAGAAGAUGUCAAGCAUAUAGGACCACCAAAGAACCUUGUGCCUGGAUCCAGGCAAUGAGGGAAGCCAUUUGGAUUGAUAACAGUCCCGAAAGCAUUCCAGGUGUUAGCUGCCUUUGUGAAACAGUCUAGCAACAGAUUUGUGGAAACUAACAAUGUUUUUUUCCCAGAUGUGGAUAUAAGGAACAUCCAAAACUCAUACAAAGCCAAGUAAUCUGCCAGUCUGGAAUGGGCAGUGCUAGAUAUGUACAGAAAUGUGUUUUACCUGCUGGAAAAAAGACUAGUUACGUACAACGCGAUGUCAUACAUCGAUGAUUAUAUUUGCGUAUACUGCCCUAUUUACCUUUAGCUAUGUCACUGCCUCUAUUGUGCCUUUGACGACUGUGAUGUGUACUCUACGGGCACUAAGAAACUUGCACUUUUAAAAAACUUUCCUUCUUUGGCGAGAGACAAGGUUUGGACUUGUAGAAAGUUUUCCUUUCAACGGCGUGACAGGGACGGGAACAUUGGAAAGAGUGACCGUUGAUCUUUACAGAAGGUACAAUGCUUGUAAUUAUAGACAGCUUCUCAAUUACAGACGUAUUCUUUUGUUUUGUUAUUCAAUAUGUACAUUCAGAUGAUCUAUAUUUCAAUAAAUGAUUUAAUAAAGUC